UGGAUUCUUGGAAAGCGACAGCAAAGAUAAAACGCGCAUUGUUCAUUUGCUUUAAAAAUAAAAACUCUCCACUUUUCCUUCUCCCAAAUUCCAAGUUACUCCUCUUCAGCUCAGGUCAGUUCAUCUUCCAUGUCUUCAGUCCUCUGCUUGCUUCUUUCUAGAUUUUUUUUUAUUGGAAUACUGUUUGUUUACUGAGAAAUCGGAGGAUGUGAAUGAGAAAGAAAUGAAUAAUUGAUUGGCUUUUGUUGCCUUUGUUGUAAAAUGUUGAAAGAUGCUAAACUUUAGUAGCCUUCGAUUUUAAGGUCUGUCAUAGAAGACGAGUCUUACCUCCCAAUAUUUUUCUUUGCUGCUUUAAUAUUCUGGAAAAUUUCUCAACAACGAAACGGAUCGUUCAUAUGAGAAAACCUGCUUGAAGAAGCUUAAGGUCGCUAGAUAUCGGUAAACUGAAGAUAAAUGUUUACAUCUGCUUCAGAUUCAUUUUUUUUAUUUUAUUUUAUAUCGGUAAACUGGAGCUUGAAUUACUGUUUGAUGCAUGGGCUGAUCACACUUGUUGAGGAAUUUUGCUUCAGUCUUUCACUAAUACAUAUUCAACCAAAAAAUAAUUGUCUCUGUCUCUAUCUUUUUUAGUGUCAAAUAAACGUUUCACUUAGUAUGGUGCACUUUAUGUUUGAUGCCUUCUUCCUAUUCUUCUUCUCCUUCUUGGAAAUGAACUGAUAUGUCUAAAAUACGUGUUUGUUUUACACAUUGCCAAUAUAUUAAAGGGAAUAAUAUGUGGAACCUUUCUUCCCUCUUUCUUGUAUUGCCCCAACCCAACAAUUAACCCAAAUGGAAUUCAGCAUAUAAUAAAAGGUUUCGUAUCAAACUCCCUUGUUGAAGAUCCUCAUCCUUUGGUUUUGAGGCUUUUCUUUUCAUUUGGUUAAGCCAAGCAUGACCAUGAUUUGGACUGCAAAUUAAGCCCUGAUUGCUUGUGAAUGUGCUAUGCCUAUUCUGUUUAAAAACCUGUGCUUUAUAAAUGCUUUACUGUGUUUGGUACAAUUACUUGGCCAACAUAGUUGGGCUACAUUUUUGUUCAUUACUGAAGAAGGUCAAUUCAUUGUUUCUCUGUGUCUUUUUCAUGACCCCUAAGGGAUGCCUUUUCAUGGAGACUACACUGCCUAGUAGUCAAGGGAAAAUUAUGCUUGUGUUGGAACUUUUAAUGGGAUGAAGAGUGAACACUUGAUCUAUCUGGUAUACCACAGGGGAUGAUGAGUAAACACUUGAUCUAUCAGUUACAUGCAUGCUUACUUAAACAUUUCCUCACUAAACAUUUCACAUUCUCAUUUGGUAAAUGAUUUAUUCUAAUUUUUCUUAACAAAUUCGGAUUUCAGAAUUCAAUGGAUUGUGUUCUGGCAUUUGGAAGUCACUUUAUUUUGUUAUGUCAAUGUUGCUGACUAUCAUGUUCUGACCAGUAAUCUUUGCCACUACUAGUUUUCGUCAUCUUUUUAUCAACUAAUGAAUGGUCAGUGACACAAUGCCUGAGAUUCAGUUGGGCGCUCACACCGUAAGAUCCCAUGGAGUCAAAGUUGCCAGGACACAUAUGCAUGACUGGCUAAUUCUUUUGCUUCUUGUGGUGAUGGAUGUCGUUUUGAAUGUUAUUGAACCAUUUCACCGAUUUGUUGGGAGAGAUAUGAUGACAGACUUGUCAUACCCAAUGAAAGAUAAUACCAUUCCCUUUUGGGCUGUUCCAAUUAUUGCAAUAUUGCUGCCUUUUGUCAUCAUUAUUGUCUAUUACUUCAUCAGAAGGGAUGUCUAUGAUCUGCACCAUGCUAUUCUGGGCCUUCUGUUUUCUGUGCUUAUCACUGGAGUUAUAACUGAUGCAAUUAAAGAUGCAGUUGGUCGUCCUAGACCUGACUUCUUUUGGCGUUGUUUCCCAGAUGGCAAGGGGGCGUAUAAUAAUGUCACAACUGAUGUUAUGUGCACCGGAAUAAAGAGUGUCAUCAAGGAAGGACACAAAAGUUUUCCUAGUGGACACACUUCUUGGUCCUUUGCAGGUCUUGGUUUUCUAUCAUGGUACCUAUCUGGGAAAAUCAGGGCUUUUGACCAAAGGGGCCAUGUUGCAAAGCUUUGUAUUAUUUUCCUACCAUUACUUGUUGCUGCUCUUGUAGGAAUUUCUCGAGUCGAUGACUACUGGCAUCACUGGCAGGAUGUAUUCACUGGGGGUCUUAUAGGGCUCACAGUUGCUUCAUUUUGUUACUUGCAAUUCUUCCCACCCCCGUAUGAUAUAGACGGCUGGGGACCUCAUGCAUACUUCCAGAUGUUGGCAGAAUCUCGGAAUGGUACUCAGCCUUCUAAUAACACAAGUUGUCUUAACGUGCGUCAAUCAGAGCUUCAGAAUGUAUAUAUUGAUUCGCAACAUCAGAAUGUCACUACACGUGACACAAGCCCCAUUCUGGAGGGAACAGAGGGUGAGAGGAGACGCUGACUUCAGGUUUUUGACAACAAAAUAAGAAGAACAAAUGGAAAGAAAAAAUAAGAAGGGAUACCUCGUGAAAUUACCAUACCGUUUAAACUCAACAGCAUGUUUUCCUUUACAUCAGCAGACAUCUAUACUUGAAAUGUUCGGUUGGUUCACCCCUGAACCUGCUCCUUUUAGUUUAAUUCAUUGAUUCCAUUUAAGCA